CCGGGUUCCCCCCCAGGAAAGGGAGGCCAGGAGCCCAACGCCGGCGCCCUUGCAGCAGUAUGUGGAGGAGAGCCCCUCGCCUCCGGCCACCAUGUACGUGAGUUACCUGUUGGAGAAAGACGGCGCCUCCAUGUACCCGGGCUCGGUGCGCCACGCCGGGGGGCUCAACUUGGCGGCGGCGCAGAACUUCGUGGGCGCCCCGCAGUACUCGGACUACGGCGCCUACCAUGUGCCCGCCGGGAUCGGGCUGGACAACGCGCAGUCCCCGGGAUCGCCCUGGCCCGGCGCCUACGGGGCACCUUUACGCGAUGACUGGAACGGCUACGGGCAGGGGGGCGUCCCUGGGGCGGCCGCCAACGCCGUGCACGGACCCUCCGGCGCGGCAGGGUUGGCCUACAGCCCCGUCGGGGACUACCACCCGCACCCUCACCACCAUCACCCUGCGCAGGGGCCGCCGGCGCCCCCCUGCGGAGUCCCCGCUUCCGGGGGGCUGAUGCAGCCGCUCAACUCGCCGCCCGGCGCCGAGCAUCUUUCUCCGGGCGGCCAGAGGCGGAACCCCUGCGACUGGAUCAGGAAACCCACGGCAGGGGGACCCGUGAAAACCAGGACGAAAGACAAGUACCGCGUGGUCUACACAGAUCACCAGCGGCUGGAGCUGGAGAAGGAGUUUCACUACAGCCGCUACAUCACGAUUCGGAGGAAAGCUGAACUGGCAGCCAAUCUGGGACUGUCAGAGAGACAGGUGAAAAUCUGGUUUCAGAACAGGCGGGCAAAGGAGAGGAAGAUCAACAAGAAGAAGUUGCAACAGUCUCAGCCAGGGGGUGUGCACAGUGGAUCAGAACCCAUGAGCCCAGUGUCCUCCAUGCAGCCAGGGACAACCGGCUCCGGCCCCAAUGGAGGAGGAGUGUUGGGUGCUCCCGGUUUAGUGCCAGCCACUGCACAGUGACAGCCGCUGGGGAGAAAAGACUGAGUAGCUGGAUACGUCCUGCUCUCCUUCAUUGAAGGGGAGGCACACAUGCACACCAGCCCCUGGUGGGAAAGGCCACUGGUCCAUUGGUGAAAUCGAUAUGGGGACACGGUGGCUCUGCUUCCCACCUGGACUUCUGUACACAGCACCACACUCCAGCUUUUGGUUUGCUGCGCAUUUGUACACAAUGUACUGUGAUCAACCCACAUUGUGUUGCAACAGGGGAUGGGAGGAGAGUUGAUUCCCCCCACCCCCAUAAUUUGCUUCACUUCGUUUCCACACUUGUGGUAGGUGCCACACAACUGACACUCCUCUUUGCAAAUGAAAAACACUGUUAUCUCAGGGAACUGGGCCUGGAAUGCCUUCUGUUGUUGUUUGUUUGUUUGUUCUCGUUAUUCCUGUUUUUUAUUACCAAUGUUGUUGAGCAAAUGAUAAAUAUUAGUGGGCGAAAGAAAACGGGGGGGGGGGUUAAAGCAUAUUUCACUUUGUUUUCCUGGUACUCUAGAUAUAUCAAAAGGAGCACUGUUUUACAUGACAGCUCGCGGGGAAGAUUGAGACAAGCAGCAGCUGAAAUGCUCCAAAGAAAUGGCUUGAUACAAAUUGCUUGCACAAGAGACCGCAAAGUUGGCGCUGAAGGCCAUCACUUCAGAUUUAUGCAUGUCUGUGGCAUUGCAAACUGGAAAGAAGCAAAUCCAUUUUGAUCAGGAGGUGGUUACUCAAGCAGCAAAUGUUUAGAAAAGACAGGGUUUACAUCUGCAGAAAACUUACCGGUAUAUAUGAGGCACUCAGGACCACAGUUAGUGGUACAGCAUCUGCAUUGCAUGGAGAACAUCCCAAGUCCACUUCCCAGCUCCUGCACUGAAUUGUACAACAACACUAUUGUACCCUGCAAUGGAUUUAAAUUGUAAAUUAUUUGGGGGCCAACCUGGAGUAAGGAGCA